AUGCAGUCGCAAACCCAAUCCCUAUGGCCAUGUAGACUUGCGUGCGUAUGCUUAGGCAUCAGCAACAACAGAAUCAGAACAACACUUCCAAACAACAAGAGAAGAAUUUCGAAGACACUGCGAGUCCGAGCAAUGCGAGCGGUGGUUCAGCGCGUGGACUCUGCAUCUGUCGAAGUCGAAGGCAGCAUCGUAUCGGAAAUUGGUCCCGGCCUUCUCGUUCUCGUCGGAAUUCACGAUUCCGACUCCGACGCCGACGCCGACUACAUAUGUCGAAAGGUGUUGAACAUGAGGCUGUUUUCAAAUGAAGAUACUGGCAAAGCAUGGGAUCAUAGUGUCAUGCAGAAAAAUUAUCAAGUUUUACUUGUGAGUCAGUUUACGUUGUAUGGAAUCUUGAAGGGUAACAAGCCAGAUUUCCAUGUGGCAAUGGCGCCUCAAAGAGCCAAGCCCUUCUAUGCCUCUUUAGUGGACAGGUUUAGGAAUGCUUAUAACUCUGAUGCAAUCAAGGAUGGUGUAUUUGGAGCUAAGAUGAAGGUAAAUUUGGUUAAUGAUGGACCAGUUACCAUGCAGCUUGAUUCACAGUCACCCAAAAAUACAGUUGAUGCAGCUGAGUCUUGA